UUUUAGGUGAUAUUUGUGGAAAGGUCUAUUCACGUGCAGUCCGAGCCCUCGAGCGAACUCGAACUAAUUUCUAGUAAAAUUUUAUCGCUAUUUCUCCUGAUUCUUCGAUAGAAGUUAUAUCAUAUGGCUAUGGAAACUAAACAUUUAAACUUGAAAAAUUUGGUCUCAUAAGACGCUUCGCUCUUUCGCAUUUUUAGAGGAAAUUAAAAUAUAAAAUUGUUUACCGUCUAAAGUCCAGUCGCCAGCCGCGUGCAAAGCGAUCUUUGACCUGUUCACGUGCGCAGUUUGCCUCUGACCCGUGGAACUGAUAAGUCAGCCAAUCAAGAGCGCAAAGAAAGCCCGCGAAUUAUCAUUCAUUCUCCCUCAUUCAUGCAUUCAUUGGCGACGCGCAAGCAAACAAAACUACAGUAAAUAUACACGUUCUUGCCACUUGGGGCUCGACACAAGUCUGGGAAGGUGGAAGGGGUACUGUGGAGGUACUGAGUAGAUUACAUAACCAGAAGGAGACUAAGAAUGGAUCUUUUGUAUAACGAUGUUGUAGAAGAAGAUGUAUACGAAACUCCGAACGACUUCUCGGAGUUUCUGGAGUUCACAAACGUCCUUAACAUCCCGUUAAACGAAAAGUAUUUCAACGAGUUGAGGGCUCGUCGACUGGAAAGCAAAGGUGCGUUGAGCCAAAGCCUGUCUGUGUUCGAUCAGGGCAUCAAGGACGGCAGAUAUCUAUCAAGUGAAUAUAGAAAUGAAAGAAGAUUACAGAAUGCCUUAUGGAGAGUUUGGUGGCGACAGACGCGCGCUCGUUUCCACGCCAGCGUCAAGGAAAUCCCAGACGGUGAGAACAUUGUCGAAGAAGCCAUUCCCGAGGUGCGAACUCUUCGUAUUCGAGGAGCAGACAUCGGCGAUUUUCCAACAGAAUAUGUCAUCCCUGCACUACUACCUCACGAAAUCCCAGUGGUUGGAACUUAUGUUGACCCUAAAAUUGUUCCUGGAUUUGCUUAUCGAGUUCGCCCAAACGGAACUGACGACUACCUCUUUGACGGAGCCGCGCUGGUGUUGAAAAGCAUUGGUAAAGGUUAUGGCAAAAGGCUUACCUUCCACAGUGAGGCGACUGAAAAUGACAAUUACUUUUGGUCAGACAGCAACAACGAAGAAGGCUUUUCGUUUUCGAUUGAAGUCAUUUUCGAAGGCGACAAGUUUCACGUGUUGGAUCGCCAAGGACGUAGAGUGGCCGAAACAACGCUUACUGCAGUAGGUAGCGAACAGGAGAUCGAAAAAAUCUCUCUUCGAAAGCGACAUCUAAUCGUGGUUGUUUCUGUGGAAAUGGAGUGCACAUUAAAAUUUUCACCGCUCGAGCACGUGCCGGAACAUUUACGCGGUCAGACGGUUGAUCUGCCAGCAUCCGGAAUAGCACUGAGUCAGAAGGACUCGAAAUGUUGGAAAGCUGAGACAGUCGAGAUCAGAAAUGUUCAUAUCCCAGAUUUGGGCGCUUGUUUAUUUCAAUCAGUCGUUUAAACCGAGUAAUUGUUGCGGGAAAACUUGUACUUUUUAAUCCGCAGAAACUUUUGAAGCGUGACUCAUCCUUAUUCGCGUUGACGACAGACAAGUAGUAAUGUUUGCAUAGUUCGUGAUAAUUAUGUCAGACAUGAACAAUUCAAAAUCAUUGUUUAUUUAUCCUUUGUCGCUAAGUGAAGAAUCAUUUGGUUUCUCUGGUGAAUUGCAAAGAUUGUUGGAAUGAAACUCAUCUAAAAUUGUCUUUAUCCUUAAAACUUAACCUACUAGCCUUGUGAGGUUUUUCCUUUCUCAAUCACCUAUUCAGGAAAAUUAUUUGAAUAUUUGAUCUACAUUUUCGGACUUUGAACUCGAGUGUUUGAGUUUGCAAGUUGCGCUCUGAAGGGAAAAAGUUAUCACAGAAAUAUUACUUGUAAAGGUUAAAAUAUGCGGGAUAAAAUAAGGCAGGGGUUAUUUGUGAAUGUCUCUUUGCAAAAGAAAAACAAAGGUUUAUGGAUAUUUAUUUAGGAUGUUUCAGCUAAAAAUAUUGGCUUGUAAUAUAUGUUAAUUUAAUAUCAUUGUACAGAAAUUAAUUUUAUCACAGAUGUAAAAUAAUCCUUUCAAGGAGGUUAUAGAAUUUCAUUUUUACUGCAGUGAAACAUAACUUCUGAAAUGUAAGUAUAAUGUGUGAAGAGAUAAAUUAUGUAAAUAAUAAGUUACCAAGAGUUAAAGAAUAAAGUUGAUGUUAUAUUGUUA